GUUUUUUUGUUGUUGUUGAAGCAGUUAAGAGAGAGAUGUUGAUUGAAGUUAACAGGCUGCAGGUCGUCUAAUUGUCAACACACGUGACAUAAGCACCAUUUAGGAAUAAAUGUGAGCGUUUUCUGAGGAUGAAGAUCGCCGUACUGGGAGCCACUGGGCAGACUGGACAGUAUCUGGUCAACCAGGCACUGCAACAGGGCCACACUGUCACCGCCAUUGUCAGGAACCCGGGAAAACUUGCAGUGCAUCAUGAUAAUCUCAAGGUGGUGGAAGCUGAUAUCUUCUCAUCAGACAGUCUGACGGCUCACUUCAGAGGACAGGACGUGAUCUUGUCCUGCCUCGGCUUCCCGGCCUCCUUCUUCUCGCCGGUGACGGGCUACUCCCUGUCCAUGAACAGCAUGGUCAGCGCCAUGCGAGAGGCCCAGGUCAACAGGAUCAUCACCAUGACCUCCUGGUACACGGAGCCCAACUCAGGAGUGCAGUCAUCUUAUCUCAUCCGCUUCCUCCUGCUGCCGAUGAUCCGAAGUGUUCUCACCAACAUGCAUGAGAUGGAACAGUUUCUGCACAAGACCGAGGACAUUACCUGGACUGUGGUUCGUCCACCUGGUCUUAAGAACCUGGCGGCCUCAGCUCAAGAGUUUCUGACCCAUGAGGGAUACUUUGUGCCCAACAGCAGUGGUAACUCUGUGGGAAGAGGAGACGUGGCUCGCUUCAUGCUCUCUCUACUCAACAGCAACGCCUGGGUCAAGAAGGGAGUCGCCAUCACUACCAAAUGAGAACGAAGAAGCCAAUGCUGGCAUUAUUAAGCAGUUAGUUCGCCCAAAGUACAAAAAAUAUAUACAUUUACUCACAAAUGUCUGUUGCUCUGUAUCAACUUGAUGUGUGAAUAAGCAACUGUUGCGAAAAAAUUAACCAAAACAACGUCGUAAGGUGAUAAAAUGUCAAUGUUGUGCGUGAAUUAUCAAAAAAUCAAUUAUUACUGGUAUAAAUGUCAACAGACAUGUUUCCAUUACUCUGGAUAAUCCCACUAACAGUUUUCACUGUCACUAUUAGAAGAACCAGUUAACUAUGCAGACUGAGCACAACUAACCAAACUAUUUUCAUGGUCAGAUACCACUACAGCUAAUUCGGUUGAACUGGCCCUUUAACUAAAUGUUUACUCUCUGCCUUCGUAGUCUACUACUGGAUAUAACUGCCUUAUACAGCCUAAUCUGUCUGAUUAAUGUUUUUAUUUACUCUUGUUCAACAUAUACUGGAUUUAUACAUUUGAAAACCUCAAGUUUACCAUUUAAUUAUGUGGGGGUUCCUACUAUCAGUGGUAAGCACCUAUUGCUUCAUGAGGGCUCAAUGCACCGACACAUGUGACUGAAGUACAUGAUUUCAUCCACAAGAGGGCAGCGUUAAACCAACAGCACUUCCAUCAUGUGCUCUUUAAUUACAGCUACUGUUGCACCAUGUAUUCACAUGAGCACUUUGUAUCCAAAUAUGUACUGUAUCAGUUCUGUUGAAUAAAUUUAAAAUGAUGAAA